AUGUCAACUGUGUUGAGAUGGCCACCUCAGUUGACAGACAGCGAAAGUAGCACAGGGACGAGAAGUACAGUUGAGCCACUGAUACUAGACGAUUACGACGAACGAAACUGGUUCGGUGACAGCGGGGUGCCCGACCCGGGACGUGAUCCCAUCGCGCAGGCGAUCAAUCUCCUCGCUAGGCCCGACACCAUGGGCAACCUCGAGGCUCUUAUCAGAAAUUCAGUUGCGGCUGAUAUGUCAGACGGAUUGACGACGCUAGCAGCAGCAGCUUUUUGA